UCAUUGGCCGAGUUACCAACAGUUGAUAUGGAUGGGAGGACUGACAGUUGGCUACAAUCCACAGCUUGGAUAAUCCUAUUUUGGACAUCUUCUUCCCUCCCUUUCCCGGCACGAUAAGAGUUUCAUCAUCUGAAAGAUGGGAAAGAGACAUUGCAACAAUUCUAUGUGUCGGUUGCAUCUGAAAUCAUGGAGAUAUCCGUCACGUGAUUGCACAAUAUAAGUUGUUUUGUUUCAUCGUAUUUUGGAUAUUUUUGCAGCUUGCUUGAGUUUUUUGUUUCUUCAUAUAUUUACAGAAACACUGCAGUAUCUGUUUGUGCUCUCCCACAGGCCCUAACGUAGGCCUGUUUGGCCUCACAGAAGGGUCUCUUUAAGGGACACAAGGGAGUUACCUGAAACUUUUAUAUUUAAUUAAGAGAAACAAACGAGGAGAGAGAAGCGAAGCCAUCGCGAUCUUCCUUCAUAGUGUUGUGGUGGCAUGGCAGCAGAGCACGGCGAGCUGCUGGCUGAGAUGGCCACGGUCGGGCGUUUGGGUGCCACCGAACGCCUGAAGCACGCCCAGAAGCGGCGCACUCAGCAGCUGAAGGGAUGGGCGCAGAUGGAGAAGGAUUCAACGCGAGGGUCAAGGGCCAAAGCGGACAAGAAGAAGGCGCGCACCACCAAAGUUACUUUCCCCAAGUCCAUCACACUGCUAGAUGCAACUGCACGCAAUGACCUGGAGGAGGUGAGGGAGCUUCUUAACAGUGGUGUCAGCCCAGAUCUGGUCAACGAGGAUGGACUGACAGCCCUACAUCAGUGCUGCAUAGAUGAUUUUGUGGAGAUGGUGCAGUGCCUGCUGGACGCUGGUGGCUGUGUGAAUGCCUGCGACAGUGAGCUGUGGACACCGCUGCACGCUGCUGCCACCUGUGGACACACUGGAUUGGUGCAGCUCCUGAUUCAGGCUGGGGCUGACCUGCUGGCUGUCAAUGCGGAUGGCAACAUGCCCUACGAUCUCUGUGAAGACGAGGCCACCCUUGAGCUGCUGGAGAUGGUUAUGGCUGAACAGGGGAUAACUCAGGAUCGUAUAGAUGAAUGUCGAGGGGCUAAAGAGACGACCAUGCUGGCUGACAUUCAGGCUCUGGUUGAGAGCGGAGCACACCUGAACGCACAGGAUUCUAAUGGCGCAACACUGCUCCACAUAGCGUCUGCUAACGGCUAUGUGUUGGUGGCGGAGCUGUUGCUCGAGCACAGAGCUCUGGUGGAGGCGAAGGACUCUGAUGGCUGGACGCCGCUACAUGCCGCCUCCUGCUGGGGACAAAUCCAAAUGGUGGAACUGUUGGUGGCCCAUGGAGCCAGUUUAGACGCAAAGUCUGUCCUGGAGGAGACGCCUCUGGACGUGUGUAUGGAUGAAGAGGUCAGAUCCAAACUAAUGGACCUGAAGCACAAACAUGAUGCCAUCAUGAAGAGCCAGGACCGACAGAAGAGCACGCUGCAAAGACGAGCCUCUAGUACUGGCAGCAGAGGUAAGGUGGUCCGUCGUGUCAGUGUUAACGAGCGCUCCAGUCUGUACCGGCGGGAGCACCACAAAGAGGCCAUGGUGUGGCAGGAGCGCGGCCGGCAGCCAGAGCCACAGGACGACGAUGAGGACAGACAAACGGACAACGAGCUGCACCAGCAUGCGACCAUGGUUGCUGGCGGUGGAGCUACAUCACGUUUAGAGGAACUCGAGGCUGCAGACAGGAAAAUUGUGUCCAGUGUCGGUAAUGGAGGGACCUCUGUUUCUCUGGCCUCCUCUGUACCCGGAGAGCUGUGGAGUGGUGGUCUCAUGGACCGUAGCGCCUCGUACCAGCUCAGCCCUGCAUCUGGAGCUGGCUUGGGGUCUACAGUGGGAGAGGGGGAGGACAGUAUGACUCGGGAGAAAUCGCACCAUACACUGGCUGACCUGAAACGCCAGCGGGCAGCCGCCAAGCUCAAUAAGUACCCAGCACCUCCCCCACCGCUGCCUCCUUCCUUAGAGGAGGAGCCUUCUGGAGCGGAGGCCGAGGUGGCAAACGCUCAGGCCCAGCCAGAGCUCCACACGACCCCCAGCGCAGAGGAGGAAGCCUCCCCGAGCCAGGUGUACUUCACCCCAGCCAGCGGAGAGCCUCCUCUGCUGAAACUCAGAGCCCCUGAGGAGGACCAGUCCAACAAUAAGGAGCCUUGCUGUGGACUCAUGUAGACAGUCUAACACACACACACACACGCACACAGACACAUUGCCUACAGAGUAGGGAAGCUCGGCAUUUUACACUCCAAAGUGGCAAAAACCUUUCCUGCUUGAAAUAAAUCAUUGAAGACUGCAAGUUAAGGCCACAUGCCAAUGAGGGUUUGAUCUACACUGCAUUUCAGUGAGCUGAAGAGGAAUCUUUAUGCUUAUUUGUCAUUUACUUAUCUUCUUUUUUCGAUACAAUACACACUUUACAUUGACGGUCCUAGCAUUCCCUGGCGCUUCCUCCUUCCUCCUUCGUUAGGUGUCCAUCUAGUGACUCAGAGGAGAACUAUAAGCAAAUAUUUACUUUGCCCGGUCUUUGUCCAUUACUUAACGUGUUCUCUUACUGCACUGCUCAACUACUGUAGAUUGACAUUUCAUUGAAAAGCCUUAGAAUCAUGUAAAAGUUGAACUAACCGCAAAAAGCUGAAUUUGAAUUAGCAGUUCAAGAUUAUUUGUUUUCAAUUAAGAAUGCGAUUUAAAUUUCUGUGUUCUUUACUGAGUGCUAUAAGGGUACAUGAUAAGACUGGUUAUUUGUGGUUGAGAGAUAGUUUGGUCGUGAUAGAUUCAGUAUACGGUAUAGCUACUCUGAAUCUACAUUAAUGCAAACAUGAAAACAAGGACUGUUCCCUUGCUUGAUUUAUUUUUUUAUUUUUAUUUUUUAUUUUUUUUGGACUGAAAAUAUCCUGAGGCUUUUUUUUUUUUUUUUUUAAUUACUUUUCCAGUGCACAGAAAAGCCUACAUUUCAACAUUUGUAAUGGUGCAAUUUGUAAAUCAACUGUUUGUCAUUAAAAUACUAUGUGAGAUCAUCUAUGUAUAUUUGAAUCGGUGGAAAAUUGACUCAGCCCCUCAUCAUUUCUAGAUUUCUAUUUUUUGUCAGUAUUUCUAUUUUUCUACUCUCUGAAUGGAAUCACAUUAUUUAUUCUAUCUGAUACUGAAUAUGGCUGGUGGUGUACAGUGUACAUUUUUUUUAAAGAUUAAAGUGUGAGGGCAAAAUAUUUAUCAAAGAGAUGAUAUAUUGCUUUUUCUUUUUUGUCAAACCAAGUGAACUUGUCAUAUGAUUUUUUUUUUUUUUUUUUUUUUUUGUGUCAAAGGUCGGUGCCUUCUUUAGGUGUCAGCUUUGGUAUACUGUAGGUUUGCAAUGCUUGCACAAAGUCCCACAUGUACAAUUGACGAGCAGCGGGAUAAAAUGAUAUAUCGUCCUCCAACUCCAGCGGUCGGUGCGCUCUCAUUUCUGUAUUGCAAUUCAGUUUUGUUCAUGAUUUUCACUGAGCCCUGUUUAGAAAAACAAAAUAUAAA